AUGAGUGUUUCGCCCAAGGGAGCUGGCUACAAAGCCCUUUCGGCAGAUGAGGGAGGAGCUGGAAAGACCUGGCGGGAGGUGCUUCUUGCUCGUUUGCCGAUCUUGUCUUGGCUGCCAUCCUAUGACAAAAGCUUCUUUCUGCCAGAUGUGACCGGCGGCCUAACCCUGGGAACGAUGUGCCUGGCACAGACACUCGCGCACGCAACGAUCGCAACGACGAAUCCGAUCCAGGGGCCCCACACAGCUUUGUUGCCACCUGUGGUCUACGCGCUCUUGGGAACCUCUAAGCAUGGCUCCGUUUCUUCGGGAGCCAUGGUAGCCAUGAUCAUCGCCAAUGUGCUGCAGCCCUUCCCUGAGGAGCACCACACCGAGCUGGCCUCCCUUCUAGCCCUGGUCGCAGGUAUCUGUCAAAUCUUGAUGGGAAUGUUCGACUUGGCAUCAGCUGUUCGAUUUUUGUCACAACCGACGCUCAGUGGAUUCAUCACCGGUGGAGCCGUUUUGAUUAUCGUGUCGCAGUUGAGAAACUUUUUUGGCUAUACCGAAUUCCCCCACGAGUCCGGCCCCUUCGGGAAGGUUUGGGCAUGCCUGCGCAUGUUGGACCAGGCGAACUGGGCCAACGUGGGCCUCUGUUCGACGUUGAUUCUCUUCCUGGUGUGCUCUAAGCGACUGAAGAAAGUUGCGAAGAAGAACUCCAAGCUGUCAAGUUUUUGGGCAAUGGUGGGCUACGUGGUUCAAGUGAAAGAGAUCAUUGUGGUGGUGGCCGGGAUCGUGUUCGUCAAAGUCACGCAGAAGGGCACUGUAGCUGCAGUGCCUAUUGUAGGCCACAUUCCACGAGGCUUGCCCCCUUGUCAACUGCCUUGGAAUUUCGAUGCUACUCGAAAGCUGUUGGAAGGGCCCAGUGAUGUCCUGCACAGUUUUCUCUUCAGCGGCUUGGUCCUGGCCUUCUCAGCAUUUCUGACUUCAUAUUCGAGCUUCAAGAGACAAGCAAUCGCCUGUGACUACGCUUCUUGUGCAUGUUGGAGCUUCCUUGUAUUUGCUUUCUAA